AUGUCACGAGUACGCCUGAUCACGUGUAUCGCCACGUGCCAAAAUGACCCACAAUGCUACAGUCUUAACUUCAAGCACCAUUGUCAACUGUGUGAGCUGAACAAUGCAACUCGUCUGAGUGCUGAGCCCAAGUAUUUUGUCCAUUCAGGUGAAACGGUGUAUUUGAAUAACCUAUAUCGACCGUACAGACCGUGUGAUAAUUCACCGUGUAUGAACAAUGGGGUUUGUAUUCCUACUGAUCUCUAUCCAGGAUUCAAGUGUGAAUGUAAAGAAGAAUACUUUGGACCAGUUUGUGAAGACUCAGUAUCACCUACCGCCUGUUCAGCUCCUUACCGACCUUUGGGAAUGAAGGACGGUAGUAUAUUGGACCGUCAAAUCACUGCUUCUUCUGAAGUAGCAGGCUUUGAGGCCUUUAAGGCGCGAUUUGAUGGCUCUUCGUGUUGGAGAAGCGCUAACAGUAGCCUUGGAGAGUACUUGGAAGUAAACUUGGGGCGAGAAGAGUAUGUCAAAGCAGUAGGAACUCAAGCCGAUCCAUUGCAAGACAGCUGGACAGAAAAAUACUACUUGGCGUUUUUCUUGGGACUAGGAUGGAAGAAUGUUACUCGGCGAUUUAAAGAUGUCGCGGAAUACAAAGGGAACACAGGGCAAAACCAUAUCAUCACCAACUACUUGGGUGCACUAAGUUUCCACGCCACCGCUGUCCGAAUCUAUCCUCUGAAAUGGCAUGGAUGUAUAGCAUUAAGGUUGGAGUUGUACGGUUGCUAAGGAAUAUAUAAUCGGGAAUGGCAUGGACGCAUAGCACUAAGAUUGCUUGGAA